AUGUUACUUCUUGCUUUAUGUGUUAUUUGCAGUUAUGCAAAACUUUCACUCAACCAAAAAGUAAUGCAACGGAUAUCUCAAUCAUUCAUGACAUUAGAAUUAAAUGAGGUUGAAUCAAUGACUUAUACUGUCCCAUUGGACCAUUUCAACGCUAAUAAUCAGAAUGAUUUUGAUAUUCACUACUUUGUUAAUAAAGAGUUUCUUGAUACUAAUGACCCAAAUGCACCACUCUUUGUUUUAUUAGGAGGUGAAGGACCUGCUUCUCCUAAAGUAUUACAAAAUAAUUACGUUAUUGACUCAUUGGCUAAAAAACACAAAGGAUUAAUGUUAUCUGUUGAACAUCGUUUUUAUGGUGCUUCAACUCCAUCACUUGAAAUGGAUAAAUUAAUUUAUUGUACUGCAGAACAAGCAUUAAUGGAUUAUGUUGAAGUUAUUUCACAUGUUCAAGAAGAAAAUAAUUUAGUUGGACAUCCAGUUAUUGUUCUUGGUGGAUCAUAUAGUGGUAAUUUAGCUGCUUGGAUGAGACAAAAAUAUCCUAAUGUUGUAGAAGGGGCAUGGGCAUCAUCUGCUCCAGUAGAAGCUGUAGUUGAUUUUUAUCAAUAUCUUGAAGUUGUACAAAAUGCACUUCCUAAAAACACUGCAGAUUUAUUAUCAUUUGCAUUUGAAAAAUGGGAUGAAAUGACUACUACUGAAGAAGGAAGAAAAGAAUUAGGAAAGAUUUUCAAUACUUGUACUGAAUUUGGUGAAAAAGAUAUUCAAACAUUUGCAGAAUCUAUUGGAACAGCUCUUUCUGGUUAUGUUCAGUAUAAUUCUUCAAAUUGGAAAUCUUCAUAUGAAAGUACUGAUUCAAUUUGUACUGAAAUUAAUGAAGAUGUUGUUAAUAAAUACCCAUUAUUUAUUAAAGAGAAAUAUAAUCCAGAAUGGGGUGAUAAAGAAUGUACUUCAUCUUCUCAAGAAGAAAGUUAUAAAACAUUACAAAGUACUUCUACUUAUGCUGAAGGAAAUGAAGGUGCUGCUGGUAGAUCAUGGUUUUUCCAAACAUGUAUUGCUUAUGGAUAUUAUCAAGCUGUUAGUGAACAGUCAUCAGUCAAAUGGGGUAAAUUAAAUCAACUUCAAGGAAGUAUUGAUAUGUGUAAAGAUAUUUAUGGUAUUGAUAAAGAUACUUUAUAUAAUGCAGUUGAUCAUAUCAAUGUUAGAUAUGGAGGAAAGAAACCAUGUGUAACUAAUGUUGCUUUUACUAAUGGUAACACUGAUCCUUGGCACGCUCUUGGAGUUACUGAAUCUGACCAUCAAGAAGGUAAUUUAGUACAAUUAAUCGACAGAACAUCUCAUUGUUCUGAUCUUUAUUCAGAAAAAGAGACUGAUGUUCCAGAAUUAAAGAAAGCAAGACACAAUGAACUUAAAUUCAUUGCUCAAGUCCUUGCUAAUGUCCCUCAAAAUUAA